AUGAGCUUUACACCACCACCACCACCUGUCUUUGCUGGUGAGAACUACCACAUUUGGGUAGUAAAGAUGAAGACUUACCUACAAGCACAUGAUUUGUGGAAUGUGGUUGAGAAUGACACAGAACCAACCCCAUUGAGAGCCAAUCCCACGAUUGCACAAAUCAGACAGAAUAGUGAAGAGUGUGCUAAGAAGCACAAAACAAUGGCAUGCUUACAAAAUGGUGUGUCUGAUGUGAUUUUCACUCGAAUAAUGGCUUGUGACACUCCAAAGCAAGCCUGGGAGAAGCUAAAGGAAAAGUUUUUGGGGUCAAACAAGACAAGGCAGCAGCAGCUGAUCAACCUCAGGAGGGACUUUGAGAACUUGAAGAUGAGAGACUCUGAGACCAUCAAGCAGUACUCUGAUAGGAUAAUGUCCACAGUCAACAACAUCAGGCUCCUUGGAGAUAAUUUCAGUGAGAGCAGAGUUGUUAGGAAGAGCAAAGAAGGACCAAUAGGCUGGAGGAGCAUUUUGAAGGUGCUUUCCAAGCAAAAGCCAAAGAAAGCUUAA